UAUUAGAUGACAAAGUUCAUAUCAAAGGGCCUCCAUAAUUUUAUUUGACUAAAAAGGCCCUACUUUUUUUUGUUUAUUCUUAGGCUCUAUAUUAUGUUGGGCCGAAUCCGACCAAACUCCACAAGGCCUAGACAUUUCUAUUGUAAUAUAGGACUGCAAGAUCCCUGUAAGGCAUAUAGAUUAUAGGAUCUAAAUAAUUUUAGUUUUAAAAUACUUUGGACAAAACAUAAUAAUAUUGGAAGCGUUACAAAAUAUUCUUUGAAAAACCGAAAACAGAGAAGCGAAGGUACAAAAAGAAUGGAGAGAGUGAUGAAGAUCAUAAAACCGAAGCCUGAUCCGAAGCAACUCUUGCGUGAUUGGCAACGUAAGCUCCGUCAGGAGUGCCGUAACAUCGAACGCCAAAUCCGAGAUAUACAGAAGGAAGAGAGAAAUGUUCAGAAAGCUAUUAAAGAGGCUGCAAAGCGGAAUGAUAUGGUCUCAGCUAAGGCGCUUGCUAAGGAGAUUGUGAGUUCGAGAAGAACAGCUAACCGGUUAUAUGAAAACAAGGCCCAGAUGAAUUCCAUAUCAAUGCACCUUGGGGAGAGUGUUGCUGUUGCUAGAACAGUUGGGCAUCUGUCCAAGAGUGCAGAGGUUAUGAAGCUAGUCAAUAACCUCAUGAAAGCACCACAAAUGGCUGCAACUAUGCAGGAGUUUAGCAAAGAGAUGACUAAGGCGGGAGUUAUUGAGGAGUUUGUGAAUGAUGCCAUUGACAAUGCACUAGAUUCAGAGGACAUGGAAGAUGAGAUCGACGAAGAGGUUGAUCAAGUAUUGACAGCUAUUGCUGGAGAAACCGCUGCUGAGCUUCCAGAAGCUGUCAGGAAGGAAAGGAUAAAGGUGCCUGCACAGAAGGCGAGCACUUCCCGCGAGGAAGAGGCAAUUGCAGAAGGUGAUGAUGAUGAGGAGGAAGAACUAGAGGAAAUUCGAGCUCGGCUUGCAAAAGUUAGAUCCUAACUGAUGAUUCCAAUGACUAUUUACAGUCCAUUUUUUUAUUGAUUCGAUCAACUCUUAAUGUUUGAGGACAACACAAAGAGAUGGCAGUGUACUGUAUAAUAUUAUUGAACUACCGUAUACAAUGUAAUCUUAAGCUGUCUUUUGUUAACUAAGUUUCGUUUCUUUUCAUUGGAUUUCAUCCAAAACUCUCCUUAAUCUUAUACUAUAUAAAGUUCAUUGAUUGAAACCCGGGGUUCUUGGACUUUCAGUUGAGUUUUCAAUUAAACACCUUAAAAGAAUCUGAAUGCUAAUACUCAACUCCGAACCAGCCUCUAAUUCAUCCUCGUGCUUUCAAAGAACCAUCUAAUAAGCUUGGUUAAUGAUCCUGAUGAUCAUCGGGGGAUUGAUCUAAAGAUUGCUGACUGCAUAAUAUAAAGUAAGAUUUGUAAAUUCAGUAUUGUAAGUAAAUUCAGAUGUAAUAAAAACUCUACAGAUUAAUAUUCGAUAAACUAAUAAACACUUUAUAAACAAUACUCGAUAAAUUAUAAGCACGAUAAACUAAUAAAUAUUUUUGGUCCCAAAUUAAGCUAAUACAAAAUAUGAAAAUAAUUUGAUAAAAUAAAAUUGAAAACUCUUAAUUUAAUAUAUAAUUUCAUUAAAUUAUAAAUUAUAAUAAUUGUUAUAUUAUAUAAUUCAUAUAAAUUUUAUAUAAACUUAAACAAAACAUUAUAUUGUUUGUUUUUCUUUCAAAAUAAAAUUUAUUUAUAAUCUUGUUUACAUUUCAAUAUUUUGAUGUUAUUUUUUUGAAAGACAUAUAAACACGUAUUUAUUUUUAGGACAUGAAAUAUUUUGAUACCUAAAGUUUAUCAAAAUAUUAAAAAAUGAGAUAAAAUCCAAAUCUACAAAAUUUAGUUAAUAAUAAAUAGCGAAAAAGAAAUUUUUACUUUUUUUUUUAUUUUGAAAGAAACUUUUUAUUAAAUAUAAAUCUAAAAAGAAAAUUUUGGUUAAAUUAAUAACUCUAUAAUUUUAUAGAUGAUCAUAAUCCUAACUUUAUUAAUUUAUAAAAAAAAUUAUUGUAUGAAGGAUCAUAACACUUGUAUAUUAAUCUAGACCUACACUAAACAACAGACACCCAAAGUAUUCCAUUUACAUAGUCAAACAAUGAAUAACAAGAAAAAUACCACCAUGUUUAAAAUUGGGAUCUCUUUGUUUAUAGAUAAAGCAACAAAAUUUAAGUAUUUAAGCAUCAAAACUUGCGAGAGUUUAUACUUUGUAAUGGUUUCGUAGGACAUGUAAUAAUUCAAAUUCUUUAGAUAUCAUAUACACACAAAACUUUCCUUCGCUUAUGCGUAUCAUAGUGUCAAAGCAACUCAUAGUGACAAUCAACAUACAUAGUCCACCUUAUGUAAUAUCAAAGUAACUAGUCUCUAGUAGCACAGCCAAGGCAGCAAUGUGUUUCAUUCCCUUGCGUAGUAACAAUCAACACGCAUACCACCUCAUGUAAUGUUAGAAAAUAUACAGAAUUGUCAAGGCAAAUUUUAAUUAGGAUCAUACAAGAGAAAUGACCAAAGUAGUAGUAUGUUCGGUCGUAAGAUACAUGUCUUGUCUAGGAAACCCAUAUUAUUGAGAAUGUCUUUUUAUAUAGAAUAUUAUUACUCCAAGAAAUAUCCAUCUUAAUUUUGUGUGUGUGGAUUGUCUUUAAAUACCCUCUUCAAAUGCACAAGAGAAAACUUACAAACAAAUGACUAAAUCCAAGACAUUCUCUCUCCUUAUCCUCUUGGUUGUUUUCUUUGUCUCUCAAUUCAUACACGGAAACAUUUCCAGUGAUAUCUUGAAGAAUUGGAUCAUCAUUCUGGUUACUACAGUUUGCCAAAUACGAAAUCAGUCAAGUAAACUAUAAAUCAGUUCAAAUUAGUUUAGUUUCAGUCAUUAUUUAUUAUAUUGAUAUUGUAGCUUGUAUAUACAUUGAAGAUUGAAACUGUGAUGCGUCGACUAAUUUGUUAUUCUAGCUUUUUAAAUUUCAAAAACAUUGAUAUUAGUAGAACAUAAUCAAUAUAAUUAUAUUAGUUAUUUCCUAACUUCAUGAUAAGUUUUUAACCAUUCAAUGAUAUUUUUUUUCUACAACAACUCUAUGAAUAUAUUACAACUAUUAAAGUUUGAAAUAUUAACAAAAACACAAUCUGACAACAUACAGAGAAAAACAAAAGUAAAGUUUGAGCAAAAUAUAAGAAAUAAAAAAUCAGUCUUUGUUUCAACAAUAUUUAAUUUAAUAAACCGUUAUAUAUAUAUAUAUUUAAAUACAUGUUUUGUAAUUUUUAAUGGUUUAAUCAACUUGAUGAUCUAAUAUGGUGCGCAUGGGGAUUAUGUACAAAAUGAUGUUGAUCUCAAAUUCCGAUCUAAAGCAAUAAUAUUACAUUGACGGUCAAAGUUUUAUAAGAAAUCAGUAACUUAAAAAAUACUUUAUGUGUGGAAGUUCUAUAACGUGAGGAAGAAAUGUGUAGAACAGUUGUGUUAUGACCAUACCAAUGUGGAAGCAUUAGGAAUUGGAGAUAGUGAAUUUGUAUCGUGCAACAAUGAAGUUUAUAAAGCAAUGAUGGAUGACUGGAUGAUUAAUCUCGAGGUUAAGCUCCCAACUCUUAUCAAAGAUGGAACCAACCUUCUAGUUUAUGCUAGAGAAUAUGAUUUCCUUUGUAAUUGGAUUGGUAAGGUUUGAUCUUAAUUUUCACAAUAUGUCUUUGUUUUGUUAGCUUGAUUCAAGUUUAAACAUUUUCUGAGGGUUGGAGUUCUUUUUUAGUUGGAAUCGAAAUGUUUGUUUGAACAUUCUAAGGAUUUUCAGUUUUACUGACUUAUUAGAUGUUUGUCCGUGACUUCACAAAUGUAAAUAUUUUAUUAUACUUUUAUAAAAGUAAUAUAUUUUUAAAUUUUUAGGAGUAUGUAUAAUUUUACUGAUAUAUUUUACAAACCUAGUUUAUAUAAAUAUCCAAGCAUUUUAUUAUUUUUGAAAAGGAUAAAUACAAUUAAUUAUAAUAUUUUAUGAGUUUUAUUGAUAACUAUAUUAAAACUAGUCAUAUAUAUAUAUAUAUUUAUUUUAAAAAAAUUAAAAUUUUUUUUAUUUGUUAUAUAAUAUUGAGGCUUUGAUUUUUAAACUAACCGAGGUCAAAAAUUGAUAUCCUUAUAAGUAAUUUAAUUGAUGUAAAUAAUACAAAAAUAAAUAUUAUUUAUAGUUUAUUCAGUUUGCAUCAUUAUAUUGCUUCUUUACAUAUGUAUAUACAAAAAAUAUUUCAAUAUAAAUUAUACGCUAGAAAGGUUAAAUGUCCCAUAAAAAAUAUUCCUAAAGGAUGUUGUAUUUUGUAUCAUUAUCGGUGAUUUAGAUAAAGUUUUUAUUUCUAUUAUAAUAUAUGUUGAAAUAAAAUUAAAAUUAAUUAUGAAAAUUCAACCUCUUCGUUUAAUAUUAUGAAAGUCUUAAAACAAUUAUUUUCACGUAAAUAUAAUUGGUAAUUCCAUGAAUUUUAUAAUAUUGAAUGAUACUACACAUGAAACAUUCUAAAGGUAAUAUUACAACUAUUCAUAUUACAAACACAUUACUUUUAGUUAUUGUUUUCGUUAUUGUUUUAAAGAUAAUAUUGAAUGAUACUUUUCGUUGUUGGAAAAUAUAAUGCUAAUUUGUUUUUUUCAUAUAGGAAUGUGUUAAAUGUUGUAAACUCACCAACAUCUAUCAGUUGACCAAUUAAAUAUGAAAGUAAUAAAAAAUCAUUUAUUGUGAAAUAUUUAAAUAGUUGGAAUCAAUUGUAUCAUAUUGUAUUUUAUAAAAACAAAUUAAAUCUAUACCGAAUCUGUAUAUAGGAAAAUAAUUCUCAACACAAUAUUAUCUAAAUAAAUUGGUCAUUAAUUGCCAUGUGUUAAUUUAAAUUUUAUAUUAGAGUUGGUAAAUUAAUAAAGAGAAGAAUUUGAUAAUUUAGGGGAAAAUAUUUGUUUUUUGUUUGAAUUUUAGACUUUAUAAAAGAAAGAGUAGAAUGAUUUUAGUUUAUAUGUGACUUUUAAUUUUAUUGUAAGAUGUUUUUAGUCAAGUUUACAAAAAAGAAAGUAAAUUUUUUUAGUCGGAAGAUAACAAAAAAUAAUAAUUAUAUUAUUUUCUGAUUUUAAAAUUUUUACACUCUAUUACAUUAAAGAUGUUAAGUUACUUUUUUUGCAGUUAGUAUACCCUACAAGAGUUUAUAAAUAGUCUGAUAACAAUAAUGUAAGUUUAGUUAGUAUAUUUUUCUUACCUAAUAAGUUGUUUUAUAAACCCUUAAAAAUGAUAUAGUAUUUUCUUAUAACUAAUUUUUAAAAUUUUAUAAACAUUAGAAACUCUUUACAAAUAUUUAUAACUCUUGUAAACGUUACAUAAAUAUCAAGUUAUUAUGUUAUGUGUAAUACAUGUUUAUGCGAUUCAUAAAUUCUUAUAACAAACAUUUAUAUGAUUAUAAAUUUUAUAAAUAUUUAUAAAAAUUUAUAAUUAUCUAUAAAUCUUGUAAAACUAUUUUUCAAGCCUUUAUAAAUGAUUUUAUAAAUCCUUAUAAAUGAAUCUAUAUUUUUUUAUAAAUGAAACUAUAAAUUCUUAUAAGAGAAUUUAUUAUAGAUACUUAUAAAUAAAUUUUAAAAAUAAUAUUAUAAAAUCGAUAAAUGAUUCUAUAAAUUAUUUUAUUAAGCAUGUUCAGUCUGGAUUGCGGUUUAGUUUUGGUUUGAUUUUCUCAGUUUGUUUUUAGAAUUUUAGCAUAUAAAAAAUUAGUUACCAUAUUGGAACUAUAUCUAAUUUGGUUUGUUUCGGUUUAUAUACUAUCGUUUUUUGUUUAUUCGGUUUUAUACCACAAACCAUAAUUAUAUCUAUCUCUUAUAACAAGUAUUAGUUUACAUGACUAGAAAUCACAUUUAUUAAAACAUAUUUUUUAAUCUAACUUUUAAAUAUAAUAUUUUAUCUUUUGCUCAACUAUUAAAAUAAAAAUAAGAAAAUUAUAAUAUCAUAAUAUUAUUAAAUAAAUUCAAGUUAGCACAAAUAUUUCCAAUAAAAAUAAAAAUAAAAAUAUUUUUUUUAUUUUGAUUGAAUGAAAAAAUAAAAUAACCUUUUUAACUUAAAACAAAAUAACAAGUUGUUAAAAACAAUGUUAUAAUUAUGAAUAUCAUAUUCAUAAAAUAAUUUAUAUAUAUUAUUAAUUUUAUCAGAAAAUUUACGUAUAAUUAUACUAAUAUAUUUUAAUUAUUCAAUUUCUUCAGUUGGAUCGUUAUAUACCAAACCAUAUCCAUGCACUGUGGAUUUUUAAAAAUUACAUCCUUUCGGUUUAUUUGGUAUUACUAAAUCCAAACCAUUUUCUAUAUUUCGGUUGGUUUGAUUUUAUUUGAACACCCCUAUAAAUUACGUUAUAGUUUUUCAAAAAGUUAAUAACCAUUUCAAGUUUUAUAAAAAAACAUAAAACUGUUAUGUUGCUUACUAUAAAUUGUUUAAAAAAUAUUUAUAUAGCUUAUAAACAAAUGAUUGGUAAAAAUGAACUAAUAAAAAUUAAUAUACCAUCAGCCUGCUCUUAAACUUCGACACACAAUAGAUAAGCAAAUCAGAAAUAGAAUCUGAACAAUUCAAACCAUGGGACGAAAAGGUUUCGAGAAAGCGAGGCUGUAUGGUUUGCUUGUCAAGCAAGCUGAUAUUCUCUGCACAUGUAAUUUUUACUAGGUGGACCGUCCGCACGCAUGUGCGGACAUUAACAUUAAUAUUAAAUUGAUAAUUACAUAUUUAUUAUGUUACAUGUAUAUAGAUAAUAUGAAAGAUUCAAUGUUAUAUAUUGAUAUUUAUACUAUGUUCAUAUGAACAAAAAAAAAUACAUUAGAACGUUUAGAAAACGAUCACAUCUAACACUAAUCUUAAAACAUCAGAAAAAUAUAAUUGAGAAAAAACAAAUAUUU